UAUUUACCAAGCAAUGUGAUUACAUCUGCUUACUUUAUUCUGUUAAACAGUGCAAGUCCUGAACAAGAUAAAAUCUCAAGUUUGACGGAACUCCUCAGGCCAAAUGUUUCUUGUCAAGGAGCUGAACUCAUCAGGAAAUUCGCGCCAGAUCAAAUGGAUAACAUACUAGAACGCAGGGCAAACGAAUACAAGCAACACCAAUUCAGAAAGAGGACAAACACAGAUAUUAUUAUAGCCCCAGCCAACUCUCCUCUCCAAUAUCCAAUGACAAGUUUCAAGGUAGCUCCUCUGAAGAAAAGUUUGAUACCAGGUCUUGCUCUUCAAACACAAGGGGGAGGUAUAACAUCAAACAAGAGGGAGGUGUACAAGGUGUCUUUGAGUGUGGAUAAAGGAGUUCUCUCAGUGGAGGAUCUUCUGGACGGAGAUCAGGUGGAGGGACAGGGUCAGAGUAAUCUGACCAUCUCAUCCAGCAACCUCACACAACUCAACGAUCUGCUCUCCAGAGUGACCUACACCAGCACCAUCUACCACAUCAAAACUUCAGACCUGGUUUAUUUCAAUUUUGAGGAUCACAAAGCCAUAUUUCCAAUUAUAAUUAGGAGACCAUCAAUUCCUGUUUUGUAUGACCCAGGAAAAGAUAUCAACUCACAGGUGACCAUAAUAACCAAGACCUUUCUGAGGUAUAAGGAACUGAACGUCCUCAUCCAGAGUAUCAGGAAAUUUUACCCAAAUAUCAAGAUCAUUAUUGCGGAUGACAGCCUAAAGCCUGAACGUGUGUCUGGAAACAAUAUUGAGCACUACAUCAUGCCUCCUGCACAGGGCUGGUUUGCAGGAAGAAAUCUGGCUUUAUCACAACUUGAAACUAAAUACUUCCUGUGGGUUGAUGACGACUUCGUGUUCUUGAAUGAGACACGGAUCGAGAGUUUUGUGGAGAUUAUGGAAGCGGUUCCAGAACUUGAUGUUCUUGGUGGUGAGGUGUCAGGGGACCAGUUCUACUUUGUUCUGGAGUAUGACGAGGGAGAUGAAAGUGACGGUGGCUGCCUAAGACGUAUUAAAGGGUUUCAUCAACCACUUCCAUCUUAUGGCGGCUGCUUUCUAGUGGAUGGCGUUGUUAAUUAUUUCUUGGCUAGGACUGAUGCUGUACAAAGGGUUGGCUUUGAUCCGUUCCUCAAAAGACUCUGUCACACUGAGUUCUUCAUUGAUGGAAUUGGAAAGCUGAUGGUUGCUUCUUGUAAAGGUCUUUCUGUUGGUCACCAGACACAUAGGGCACAGUACAAAUAUGACUCUUAUAGGAAUCAAGGAAAACUUGAAGAAGAGCGAAAACUGGCUCACCAUUUCUUUAAGAACUAUCUUAACUACAUCAAGUACUGAGGACAGAGAGUGAGCUGCAUGACCUAAGUUGACAUAAGAAUGGAUUCUACUUAGCACUUCUAACAAAUGCAUAAGCAUAACUUGCCCUGUAAAUUGCUUUAACCAUGCUCUAUAUUUCACAAUGAAAAUUAAGAGUGAGAGUGACAUCUCUGAGUCUAAUCUCUUGGAUUAAGGCAGUCAAGACCUUGUGAUAGGAUUAGCUAAAGUGAAGCAUUUAAGGCAAGAGGCUUGUCUCCAGGAUAACAGAUCACUCAGACGAGGCCUUUAAUUGGCAUUGACAUCACAAAGAUAAAAGACCAAAUAUAAGAUCCUUGUAGGUCAAGGAUUGAAUUUCUCAGUCAUUGUGCAUUUCAGUUCAUUCUGAUUGUAUUGCUGCUUAGAAUGGGCUGAUUGUCACUUGCCUGGCUACAGAUAGAUUGUGUUACGUGAAAGGAGACUGAAUCAAAGGAGACCUCCAAGUCAACAGUCACGUAUUACUUGUCUGGACCUCUGUCAAGAGAGGUCAGAGGUUACUGUAUUCAUGUUUCUUGCCUUGAAAAUGUGAUUAA